UUGGAGAUGGAUUAUAUGACUCCUAUAUGAGGAUAGAUCAGAUUAGGUACCAAGAGUCUACAAAUGAAGAACACAGCCCCUCAGGACUUCCUUCCCUUGGAAGAGCUAAUGUUUCUAGCAACAAACUCGCAAUGAAGGAUCACUCUCUGACUGGAAGUCAGGUCAAAGUGGAGCAAUUAUUUGAGGACUCUGGCAACAGAAGGAGUAGCACUCUUCAGUCUUCAGGAAUCACUGGUUCAGAAAGAUCUCUUCCUUCCCUGACGAAAGAUAAAAGUAUAGAGAGCAUAAGCACUUCUAAAGGUGGUGGUAGUUCCUCAAAAGCACAUAAAGCGAUUUCCCAAGCUCCAGAACAAGCUGUCAAACAGUACAAACAUCAGUUAUCUGCUUAUGAGCAGCAAGAGAUAUUUAAUUUUUCUGAAAUUUACUUUGUGGGUCCAGCUGCAAAAAAGAGACAAGGAGUAAUUGGUGGUCCCAACAAUGGAGGUUAUGACGAUGACCAAGGCAGCUACAUUCACGUGCCCCAUGACCAUCUUGCUUACCGGUAUGAAGUACUCAAAAUCAUUGGCAAGGGCAGUUUUGGACAAGUUGCUAAAGUCUACGAUCACAAACUCCACCAACACUUAGCCUUAAAGAUGGUUCGCAAUGAAAAGAGAUUCCAUCGCCAAGCAGCAGAAGAAAUCCGGAUUCUGGAGCAUCUGAAGAAGCAGGAUAAAACGGGCAGUAUGAAUGUUAUUCACAUGCUGGAAAGCUUCACCUUUCGGAACCACAUCUGUAUGACCUUUGAACUCUUGAGUAUGAACCUGUAUGAGCUGAUUAAAAGAAAUAAGUUUCAGGGCUUCAGCAUCCAACUGGUACGCAAGUUUGCUCACUCUAUACUGCAGUGUUUGGAUGCCCUUUUUAGAAACAAAAUCAUACACUGUGACUUGAAGCCAGAAAAUAUCCUCCUGAAACAGCAAGGGAGGAGUGGAAUCAAGGUUAUAGAUUUUGGGUCCAGCUGUUUUGAGCACCAAAGAGUCUACACAUAUAUUCAGUCUCGAUUUUAUCGGGCACCAGAGGUAAUUCUGGGAAGUCGCUAUGGGAUGCCCAUAGACAUGUGGAGUUUUGGCUGUAUUCUGGUGGAGCUAUUGACUGGAUAUCCUCUUUUUCCUGGAGAGGAUGAGGGAGACCAACUGGCUUGUAUGAUGGAACUUCUUGGAAUGCCACCUCAGAAGCUUCUGGAUCAAUCCAAGCGAGCCAAGAACUUCAUCAACUCUAAGGGUCAUCCUCGCUACUGCACUGUAACUACACAUGCAGAUGGAAGAGUGACCCUUAAUGGGAGUCGAUCGCGCCGGGGUAAAAUACGAGGCGCUCCAGGGAACAAAGACUGGGUGACGGCACUGAAAGGCUGCGACGAUCCCUUGUUCAUAGAGUUCUUAAAAGAAUGUCUCAGCUGGGAUCCUUCUGCACGCAUGACUCCGAGUCAAGCUUUAAGGCACCCUUGGAUUUGUAAACGAACGCCCAAACCACCCAGCACUGAUAAAACCUCCAAUAAACGGAUUUCUAGCUAUACAAGUUCUUUCACAGGAAUAGGUUCCAAGUUGCCUCCUGUAGUUGGAGUAGCGAACAAGCUGAGAGCUAAUUUAACAUCCGACUCCAAUGGCAGUAUACCUCUAUGUACUGUGCUACCCAAACUGGUCAGCUAG